AUGGCGGCGGCGCGGCAGCGGGGCCCGCGGGGCUCGGCCGUGCUGGAGCUGCCCCGCAAGCCGCGCCUGGUCUGCGUGGAGUACCCGGGGCUCGUCCGGGACGUCGGGGCCAUGCUGCGGACGCUGGGAGGAGAGCAGGGGGUGUCGCGGAUCUACGCCGACCCUGCCAAAAGGCUGGAGCUGUAUUUCCGCCCCAAGGACCCCUACUGCCACCCCGUGUGUGCCAACCGCUUCCCCACCUCCACCAUGCUGCUCAGGGUCACCAGGAGGAGCAGGAAGAAGCAGCAGUUGGACCCCGAGGAGCAAAUCCAGCCAGAAGUGCAGUUUGAGAUGGAGAUUCUUGGGAUUGUCACCACUGUUUACAAAUUUCAAGGAAUGUCUGACUUCCAGUACCUGGCAGUGCACUCUGGCCCUGAUGGCAAGCAAACCUCCAUGUAUGACAAAGUCCUGAUGCUCAAACCAGAGAAGGAAGAGUUUUUCAAUAAAGAUUUACCUCUUUACAUCCCACCACCCAUUUUCUCACGCCUGGACACUCCUGUGGACUAUUUUUAUCGCCCAGAUAUACAGCACAGGGAGGGCUACAACAAUCCCCAGGUGUCUGGGGAGAACCUGAUUGGCCUCAGCAGGGCCCGGCGCCCACACAACGCCAUCUUUGUCAACUUUGAUGAUGAGGAAAUCCCAACUAAGCCCCUGGAUGCUGCUGUACAGAACUGGAAGAAAGUGUGCACCAAUCCUGUGGAUAAAAAGGUGGAGGAAGAGCUGAGAAAGCUCUUUGAGGUGCGUCCCGUGUGGUCUCGCAAUGCAGUCAAAGCCAACAUCAGUGUCCAUCCAGACAAGCUGAAGGUGCUGCUGCCUUAUUUGGCCUAUUACAUGUUAACAGGUCCUUGGAGAAGCUUGUGGGUUAGGUUUGGGUAUGACCCCAGGAAACACCCUGAAGCAAAGAUUUAUCAAGUGCUGGACUUCCGAAUUCGCUGUGGAAUGAAAUAUGGUUAUGCUGCUACUGACAUGCCUGUGAAAGCAAAACGGAGCACGUACAACUACAGCCUGCCCAUCACUGUCAAGAAACAAGGAAGUCACACAGUCAGUGUCCACGACCUGAAACAGGGGCUGGGUUCAGCUGGUACAUCUGGGGCAAAAAAGCCCCCCUCCAGCAGGUAUAAGCUGAAGGAAUCUGUCUACAUUUUCCGGGAAGGAGCCUUACCCCCUUACCGCCAGAUGUUCUACCAGCUCUGUGACUUAAAUGUGGAAAGCCUGCAGAAGAUCAUCCAUCGGAAUGACGGCACCGAGUCGGAGUGCACGGAGCGGGACGGGUGGUGCCUUGCCAAGACCAGUGAUGACCUCAGGGACAGCAUGUCCCUGAUGAUAAAGCAGAUCAUCAGAUCCACCAGACCUGCUCUUUUCUCAAAUACAACAAGCAGUGAAGAUGGCAAAGAGCAGCUGGCAUAUGAGUCUGGAGAGGAUGAGGAUGAUGAAGAGGAGGAGGAAGAGGACUUCAAGCCUUCUGAUGGGAGUGAAAAUGAAAUGGAGACAGAAAUUCUGGACUAUGUGUGAACUCAGUGAGCAGUGUGGCUGCUGUGGACAGAACUGUCUGCUCUUGCUCCUUGAGAGCCAAGGGUUUAGGGAAAGCAGAGCUUGUGCUAAGCUGAUGAUGUUCUCUGCACUGACUGCUGGUGGGCAACAUUCUGGGUGUUUGGGAGCCACUGCUGCAUUUCCAGAAUUGCUGGCUGAGAAACCCUCCAGCAUGCUCAAGAAACUCCCAAGAACGAGCCCAGAAUCCAAACCAGCUGGUAACACACCUGAACAUGGGAGAAGCUGCAUUCCCACAUCUCUCCAUGUGUGGGAGUGCACUCUCUCCAGGUUGGUGGCCAUGUGGAAAAUAGAAAAGGUGCCUGAGGAGAUGCUGGGAGAAGAAACAAUCAGUUCUCCUGGAGUCCCUAAGGCAGGUUCUGCCCUUCUGCUUGUCCAGAGGGAGUGAAAAUACUGAGCCAUGCCUUCAGCACUGAGCCUUGCUGGUCAUCUUGGAAAUAAAGCCAGCAAGAAAAGACACUUUCUAGCAGUGAAUAAUUCCCUUCCUGGGUGCAGUGUUUGUUGACCUCAUUACCUGAUGCACUUCUCAGGUCUGUUUUGACUUCCCCAGCUAGCAAGUAACAAGCACUGAAGGCAGAGGGGCAGAGCUUCGGGUGCACAGAAGUUGGCCACUGCCAGCUGCAUUGUUCCCACCAAAAGAAAGCCCCAAAAAAUUAAAGAGCUACUGGUAUUUUCUAGUUCUUGUGCAUCCCCCAGUGUGUUCUGAGCACACCUGAAAGCCAAGCUCUUUUAAAAAACAAGUUAAGACCUCCUCUUCUCCUCCACUGAGGAGGCCCUGUUACAGUUGCUUUCAAGGCUGUUACUUGUAACAAAAGUGGUAAAACCCAACAAAUUGUAAUUGGAAGUGCAACAGUUUCAAAACACAGGUUCAAAGGAAUGAGGCUCAUUUCAAAAUUGAGCCCUGGUCCCUCAGCCAAAACACCAAUUUGUCAAAAUAAAGUUCAACCCCCAGAGUGAACAUAAAGUAUGAACUCCCCCACAGUCAGGCCCAUCCCUCUUUCCCCAGGAAGGUGCUGGCAUUUUGGGGAAGGAGAACAGGACAAGCCCUGCCUUGGGGCAGAGACGUUUGAGCAUCAGUAUUUUAUUGCAAAGACUAAUUACAUUGCUGUGUACAAGUCA